GUGGCCAUCAUCUAAAUUUUGUACACUCUUAUUUCGGCUUCUACGGCAAACAAGAUUUUCAGUAGAAAACUAACUAAAACGAAAUUAAUGAAAUUAUUUUGAUGGAAACGUGGAAUCAGUAAAUAUUCAAUUUGGUGGAAAAGGCCAAUGGAAAAGAUACGUAGAUUUAUGGCAGAACACUGAAAACGUAUUAUGCCUGUUGUUAUAGAUGUCCGACCAGCAGGGAGACGACGGCAGCGAGUGGAGAAAAUCGUUGCCCCGACUCUCUGGGUCGGAUAAUCCGCUGUGCACGCCAAAGCAGAUCAAAAACUCAACUCUAGACGAAUUGCGCCAGGACGAGAGACUGUGGAUAGCGUACGAGAGGGGCUGGUGCGAUUUGUUGCAGUCAUUCAUGAACAUGCAGCUGAUGCAAGCGGAAACGUCGUUUAUGUUACCUGAACUUGCAAGGCCUGGGACACUGGACCCCACAGGUGCUGCAGGCUCCGAUACAAAUGGCACAGCAGCGAAUGCAUCUAAUUCGGAAAUUGUAUCGAGUGAAAAUCCGAUGAAUACAUCAGCUGUAGCUAAAGUGACGGACAAGUUGAGUAAAUCAGGCACUGGGCAUUUGCCGGAUGCAGUGGCUAGUGUAACUGUGCCAGAAAACUGUUCGCCCGAACGGAUUGACGUUCACGCUCCCGAGUCGCGUAUAAAGCGAACAUACAAAUAUGCUGAUGUUCGCCUAUGCGAAUUCCAAGGACUUGGGCCACAUGAUAUACAGCAAGUGUCGCAGGAAAACGAAGUCUGCGAAUCCAAAGUGAUUAGUGAUUUGGGCGUGAUUGAGCAGUUGUCAGCGAUCAGAAUCAAGAUCACGACACCAGAAGCAACAGAGUUCGAACUCACCGAUAUAUUCGAUGAAGAUGAGAAGCAAAGCGCUGACGAGUAAUGUUUUCCUACUAAAAAAUAAAUUUUAUACAAUAUACCUAAUAUUAUAAUAAUCAGUUAUUUAAAAACAUUGUAAUCAAGACUUGGAAGUUAAAGCACUAAAAUAGUUACUUUUUAGUACUUAAAUAUUAAUUUAAAAAUACAAAUAUGAAAAAAUCGGUUUAUAUUUUUCUGUACGUAUUAGAUAAAUAAUAAUAUAUGUAGUCACUACUCAGGAACUACAACUGUUUCAUUACUUACUAGAUGUUCUAUAUAUUUUUAUUUAUUUCAACUGUAAUUUUAAAUAAUUUUUUAAAUGAGCAAAUAUAAAAAAAAAAUGUUUUAUUUCAUUCUUAUAUGAAAUGAUUUAUAAAAAUAACACUUUUAAUAAAUUCUAAAUGGACAUCAUUUUAAAUACUUAACAUGUUUUAGAAGAUACACUAAGAAUUAAAACUUACAAAAAAAAAAUGCAAAUGCUAAAACUUCCGAGGACUGGAUUUAUUAUAUUAUAUUAUUAUUAUAACAAAUAGAGUGUAGCUGUUCUUUUCGAAAUCUCAUGUCAUUUCAUUUUGAGUAUAAUAAUGUACUGCAGAAAUAUAUUAUUAGUAUUUGACAAAACAUAUUAUACAUCCAAAACAAAUUAUUAUUGUUAUAAUUAUUUUUAAUUAUAUUAUAUUAUUCCUAUUUUUCAUUGACAUAAUAAUACUAUAUUACGCACAGUUAUACGUGCUGUAGCUCACACACGUAUUAUUAAGUGUAAUAAAUAUAAUAUGUCGUGUACAUUUUUCAAACUUUAUUAAAAAUAAACUUAACAUUAUUAUUAAAAAGUAUUCAUUAUAUAUUUAACCUACAAAUAAGUAUUACAUUGUCCUGUAACCACUAAAGAAUAUGUUUUUAAAUAGAGGAUAAACAAAAUUAUAAUAUAUAUAAUUUGGUUAUCAUAAGCUAUAGGUAAACAUUAUUCAAUUUACGUACUUCCCAUUGUUGAAUUUGGCAUCGGGAAAAUAUUAUAGAUAAUUACGAAAAUAUUUUUUUAUAAAAUAUGUAUCUACCCAUAAAUGAUACCUAUGGAUCUAAUAUGGUGUACAUACAUCUACCCAUAAAUUUUUAUAAAAACGUUAUAUACUCACAAAGUUAGAUUCCAAAAAAAUGUUUGUUCACUUUGGUAGAUGAGUAUACCUGUUGGCUGUGACACAAUAAUAAAUUCUCCGAAUUCAUUUUAUGAACAUCGCAAAAGAAAUAUUUUCAUAAAAGUGAAAUAUUUUUCUCUUGGAAAUUCCAAAUUAUUUUAUUUUAAUGUUUGGUAUAUAGAUAAAUACUUUAAUAUUAAGAACAAAUUCACUGUUAUAUUUAGCAUAAAAUAUUUAUUAACUGUUUAUUCCUUUAUUU